CUCAUUCUGCAUAGAACUUUUUCAAAGUUGGAGGGAGGAGGACACUCAGAGUAGCGUGUUGCCCUUGGUGAGGAUUUGGAGUCCCCUGGGCUCAGCAGGGAGUGGACAGCAUUCCCAGAUCUGGCAUCUUCAGAACCCUGGCUUGGACGCUGACCAAGGAGGGUCCCCAACUGCUGAAUAGGCCGGGAGUCGCCUUUCUCUAAGGCUUACAUCUCUCCCUCUGGGGUGUGUCCUGCCCCUCCCUGAGUCACCCCAAGGGGAGAGAGGGGAAAAAAGGGAAGAGAAGAGAGGCAUUGACUACAGAGGAAGGAAAAGGAAGCAGAGCAGAGGGGGGAGAGAGGCCACACAGGAGUGGGUGACAGAGGAGACUGCAGAGGGCAGGUCUAGGGCAGGAGAUCGAGAGAGGGCAGGCCCAGGUCAGGAGGAGGUAGAGAGAGGACAGCCCGAGCACCCCAAGGGGUGCCUCAAGAGCAGGUGGGGGGCGGGGAGCCGAGGGGGCGGGCCGGCCAUGUCCCACGGGACCUACUACGAGUGUGAGCCCCGGGGCAGCCAGCAGCCACUUGAGUUCUCAGGGGGCCGAGCUGGGCCCGGGGAUCUGGGGGACAUGUGUGAGCAUGAGGCCUCCAUUGACCUCUCUGCCUACAUCGAGUCUGGGGAAGAGCAGCUUCUCUCCGAUCUCUUUGCGGUGAAGCCAGCGCCUGAGGCCAGAGGCCUCAAGGGCCCCGGAACCCCUGCCUUCCCCCACUACUUGCCGCCUGACCCUCGGCCCUUUGCCUACCCUCCACAUACCUUCGGCCCAGACAGGAAGGCGCUGGGGCCUGGCAUCUACAGCAACCCAGGGAGCUACGACCCCAGGGCUGUGGCGGUGAAGGAGGAGCCCCGGGGGCCAGAGGGCAGCCGAGCUGCCAGUCGAGGUGGCUACAAUCCCCUGCAGUACCAAGUGGCACACUGUGGGCAGACAGCCAUGCACCUGCCCCCAACCCUGGCAGCACCCGGCCAGCCUCUGCGCGUUCUCAAGGCCCCUUUGGCCACUGCCGCACCGCCCUGCAGUCCCCUCGUGAAGGCGCCCUCCCCCGCUGGCCCCUUACACAAGGGCAAGAAGGCAGUGAACAAAGAUAGCCUUGAGUACCGGCUGAGGCGGGAGCGCAACAACAUCGCUGUGCGCAAGAGCCGGGACAAGGCCAAGAGGCGCAUUUUGGAGACGCAGCAGAAGGUGCUGGAGUAUAUGGCGGAGAACGAGCGCCUCCGCAGCCGCGUGGAGCAGCUCACCCAGGAGCUAGACACCCUCCGCAACCUCUUCCGCCAGAUCCCUGAGGCGGCCAACCUCAUCAAGGGCGUGGGGGGCUGCAGCUGAGUCUGGCUGGUGGACUGUGGGAACCAGGCUCCGUGGCACGGCCUGACUCUGCGGACCCCCAUCCUGCUGGGGGCCUAGAACCCUGAGACAUAGACCAUGGAUAAAUGGCAACCGGGGUGGCAAGGAAGGGCAGGACCCAGCAUAAUGAUUAUGUGGCUGAAUAAAGUUGCACUGUGACUGGG